CAAGUAUCGAAAUAGUAGUUUAAUUUUUGGUUUUUUCCUAUGCCCACAUCUUUCCAUUCUUUUCAGGCUUACACUCUUGCUUAAAGAAACUCUCUUCUAUCCAACCACCACAAUCCCAAAACACCAAAGAUAACAAUCUUAAGUUUCUCAACCUAAUCCACUAUUAUUGUAAAUAACCAUUAUUAACAAUGGCUUGAUUCUUUUCUUUCUACUCCCCUUUUAUUCACUCCUUAAUGAUCAAUGCUCUCUUUAAUUAGUUUCAUCCAUAUCAAAAAGAGAGUAUUUUCAUUGAUUAAAUUAUAUACCCAUUAAAACCCAUAUGGGAAAAAUACACAUUUUCACAUAUUCAUUAAUACUAUGUAUUGUGUUGUCACUUGCCCUUCUUGCAUUUGUUUUUUGCAUCCUCGCCGAAUUCAAGAAAUCCAAGGCAAAAGAUGUAAAAUUAGAUGGGAGAUUAUGUCAAUUACCAGAAAGUGAAGCAUUCUGGUUUGGAAUUGCAGCGUUGAUAUGCAUUUCAACUGCCCAGAUCAUAGGAAACUCGAUGUCUUUCGUAGUAUAUUGCCAAGAUGCUAAGGAAAGAAGAUUAUGUUCCCAAAUUAAAAGGCCCACCAUCACCAGCAUACUUUUACUUAUUUCCUGGAUCAAUUUUGGAACAUCAGUCCUAUUGAUAAGCACAGCCACAAGCAUGAAUAGAAGACAACCUUAUGGAAAAGGAUGGCUAGAUGGGGAAUGCUAUCUAGUAAAAGAUGGAGUUUUUGUUGGUGCUGCAAUUUUGGUCCUUGUUUCCUUAGGAUGCACUUUAGCAUCUGCAGUUGCAACAUUAAGGAAACAAUACCUAGCCUCAGCUAAUGAAAAGGUCCAUUCCCAAGUGAGACUCGAUAACUGAAAAGGCUAAGUCAACUAAUUGUCAACGUAUUUCUCCUAUAUCUAAGGCAACUUAUCCUCUUCAAUUAUACUAUUCUUGCAAGUGUAUAUUUGGAGAAGCAAGCUCCAUCUCGCAAUAUUUUAUACCAAAUCUGUAUCAUGUAUAAUCUUUUGUAUUUUUUUUU